CAUCGAAGUCUGGUUCAGCUACUCAUAAGCUAACUUCUACGAGCGUGGCAUGAACGAUUCAUGAGCACAAUUCCUCUCAGUAAUGAAGGCACUACCGCGCGAACUCAACAGUUUUCACUGAUCCUGAGGACUCACAUGAAGUUCUAACCUCUAAAAAUACUCAAAGAAACGAAUUACUUCAAAUAUUGAGCGCUGUUUAGAAUUGGCUGAGUCGUAAACAACUCAAGAGUAAAGUUUCAUCGAUAACCACUUAGUUUUGCUAUUUGAAAAUCAAUCUGGGAUCAAUGAAAGAUUGUCAACUGAUUUUGCAUGAUGUUCCCGAAAACACAGAGUUAGGGAUUGAUCUGAAGUUUUGGAGGGUUGGCAAACACUUUAAAGGCAUCAAAGAUAUACCUCUAGGAGUACACUUUGUCUAUUAUAGUGCCGUAAAUUCAGACUGUAUGUCAGGUCAACGUGUUGGAUUCGUAGCAAAUUUCACUCAACCUGGUUUCAUUGUUAAGAAGUGGCAAAAAGAAAAAGAGGAUUUCAUAGAUAUUAAUUUGACUGAUAACGAAGUAGAACGUAUUAUUUCGAAUUUCGAUGAAAUUUCUAUGUAUCUGGGGCAGUAUCCUGCGGAGUCACACAGAGAUUGGAUUUCGUUGUCUAAUUUUAUAACAACAUGUACAUUAACUCGUCUUGUUCCCUACUGUGGUCGUCUAUAUUCCUGUCCACACUUCUUAUCUGAACCCUCUAAUACCCAAGAACGCCUGGCUCUUAAAAAUUCCUAUACGACUAGCUGUCCAAAUAAAAAUUCAGAAGACCUCUUGCCGAAUUUAUCUAUUAUUCCUGGUACAGAGGUACGUUUUACUUCAAUUCCAACAAAACCACUUUAUCCACCUCUUUCAUCUCCAUCGGAAAUCACUGCCCAUUGUAUGGAUCAAACAUAUACUCUUCGUACUACUAUGGAUGUAAUCUUCUCGAGCAUCAAUUCAGAAAAGGCCAGUGGCUUAAGUAAGGAUCUGGAAUCUGCUCGCGAGCUGCUCGGUGAAUUUCAAUUUGCUUUUCUCAAUUUAUUAUUAAAUCAUUCAAUGGAAGGCUGGGAACAGUGGCGUCGUAUAUUCCAAUUACUCGCUAAUUGUGAGAAAGCGAUUGUUAAUUAUCCUAAUUUGUACAUUGACUUCAUUACAGUUAUUUAUCACCAGUUAACUAAUGCAAAUAGAUCAGAGGUGUCAAGUAGCAAUUCAGCUGUGGAGUUACUCGAUAUUUUCUUUUCGGAAUCAUCUAGCUCAAGUACACAGUGGAAAUUAACCGAACCUGGCUUUUUACCAACUAUGAUUGGGCGUCUUUUGAAAAAUAUUUAUUCUGUUUGUACUUCUGAUAUAACUAACAAAACAUGUCCCAGUGAAACUAGUAAUAUUCUGAAAGAUCUCUUUAAACGUGCAGAUGGCUUUGCUCAUAGCAUAAAACAUCGAUUCAAAUGGGAUAUGAUCACUUCAUAUCAGUUAUUACAAAGGUGUACUCCAAAUAUAACCGAAAUUCCUAUUGAAGAAUUUGACUGGGAUGGAGAUGAAGCACCUGUCAUUGUACAGCUGUAAACAAGUCUGAAAUAAAAAUUAUUUCUAAUUUUUUAAUCAGACUUUUUGUCUGUGUUCAUUGCUGCGUAUUUAGUCUGUUAUAAUAUUUUUAGACAUUAUUUUUACUACCCUCGUUGCUCG